UGGCCACUGAACUAAAUGUGCUUCAAGGCUGAGCAAUGUUAAUGUAAUAUAUCCAUUGUUCGGACCGCAGUUUCCGGAAGUAACACGGAAGCCAGUAACAGGCGAACGACUCACAACUGAAUGGUGCCGCCAUUUUGGAUCCAGCAUCCAGUUUUAUAUGCAGCAGCAGCAGCAGCAGAAGAAGCAGCAGCAGCAGCAGCAGAAGAAGCAGCAGAAGAAGCAGCAGAAGAAGAAGAAGCAGCUUGUUUCUUGUAGUUUGAUCAAGUGUUCGAACAGAAUCUCGUGAUUAAACUGAUCUGAGAUGUAUUACUAUCGACAUGAAAACACUGAGGUCGGCUGCUGCUACAAAUAUCUCAUGUUCAGCUACAACAUCAUCUUCUGGUUGGCUGGAGUUGCCUUCAUCGCGGUUGGUUUCUGGGCCUGGAGUGAAAAGGGAGUUCUGCUGGACCUGACCCAGGUGACCCAACUGCAUGGUUUCGAUCCAGUGUGGUUGGUCCUGGUGGUCGGUGGAGUGACCUUCAUCCUGGGCUUCGCUGGCUGUGUGGGAGCUCUGAGAGAAAACAUCUGUCUGCUCAAGUUUUUCUCAGGCGUGAUCGGAUUCAUCUUCUUCCUGGAGCUCACGGCCGCAGUUCUCGCCGUGGUUUUUCAGAGUCAGGUCAGAGAAUGGAUCAACGACUUUUUCCUGGCGAAUGUCAAAGCGUACAGAGACGACAUUGACCUGCAGAACCUCAUCGACUCUCUGCAGAAGAUGAACCACUGCUGUGGAGCUCAGGAACCGAGCGACUGGGAUCUGAAUGUGUAUUUCCGUUGUAACGAGACUCAUCGCAGCAGAGAGAAAUGUGGCGUUCCGUUCUCCUGCUGCAUCGCUGAUCCUGCUGACUCUGUGGUGAACACUCAGUGUGGCUACGACGUGAGAAACAAACCACAGAGCGAGUGGAGUGAACACAUCUACAUCAAAGGCUGCAUCGCAGCGCUGGAGGACUGGUUACCUGGCAACCUGUACACGGUGGCCAUCGUCUUUGUCGUCAUCUCUCUGCUUCAGAUGGUGGGGAUCUACUUGGCGAGGACGUUGAUCUCCGACAUCGAAAAGUCCAAAUUCAGCUACUGACGUCAAGGUUGACGUGGGCAUGGCUUAUACUCCAGGGGGCGUGGCUUUACACCAGGUGUUACUGGACCAAGUCUCUUGUGCCGCUCUGUAUCUUUACUGAUGAUGAUGUUGCUAUGGUGACGCUGGUCCGUUUGUUUACGUCGACUCCACCAAACUGCCUUUUUCUUUCCUUUCACACGUUUCUCCUCUUCUUCUUAUUGAACCUCUGUGAUCUUCCACCUGAUUGGCUGUCGACCCUUCAGUGCCUUGUCUGUAGCGGAGAGUCGCGACAACAGAAGUUCAACAUGCAGCUCGUCACAUGACUCAUGUCGACUUCAGAUAGUUCCUGAAGUUUGAAUCAUUAUUCAGAGACAGAACUGGUCGUCAAUAAAUGUAUUGACUAACGAUAAAGCAGAGCGACAUGCCAAUGUAGUUCCUCUAUGAAGUUAGUCAAUACAUUUUUUUAAAUCAUAAAUAAUCAUAAAUCAUAAUCCACUAACAUGUUGAUUUGAUUCAGAUGUGUUGAUAAUAAACAAUCUGAUUGUUGAAAUGUCUAAACACAGACGAGGCUCCGUGACCCGACUGAUGCUUGUCGCUACUCUCUCUCUCUCUCAAUGGCUCUGGUCUGUGGUAGAGUCAGUGAUGUCAUCCAGGUGUGAUACAGCAGGUGAAGUGACAUUUCAAAAUAAAAGUACAUUGAUCAGCUGACUGAGUCAUCACGUCUGAAAAAAAACCCAAACAAUCAGCUACGAGUAGAACAAAGACCAUGUAACAUAUUAUAAACAUGUUCUCUGUAUGAACAUGUUUAUACAAUGUUACAUGUAAGAACAGGAGCGAAUCUUCCAUUGGUUGUUGCAGGUGAAACAAGAAAGUUCAUUCUUUCAGCAUCCAGGUUCUCACUGUUCCUCUGUAGUACAGUGUGUAGUACACAGUGUAUCAGUACAGUACUUUCUUGACACUGGACUCAUGUGAACAAGCUUUGAAUAAAUGUGUGUGUGUGCGUGCGUGCGUGCGUGUGUGUGUGUGUGCAUGCGUGCGUGCGUGUGUCUUUUAUUCUGAA